CCUUUCACAACGGUUUACGUUUUUCAUAUGAACAUAUCAAAAGCUAAAAAAAGAGACUUUCAAAUAUUAUUAUAAUUCAUUCGCAUUUAUGACUCUUCUUCACUCUCCACUCCAUUAUAUACUCCUUCCUCUUCCUCCUUCCUCUCUCAGUCCCAUUAUACAACCUUCAUACAAUUCCUCCCUAUUCUAAUUCCUUCAUCCAUGCUUUCCUUAUUCCUCUAACUCUCUAACAAAUAACCCCAAUUUCCCCACAUUACACUUUUCUCCUUCUCCAAAAUGUCUAAUCCCAUUUCCAUGGCUCCCUUCUUUCUCCUCUGUUUCCUCCUCCCCUCUUUCUCCUCUGCUGCCCACGACUACGGCUCCGCCCUCACUAAAAGCCUUCUCUUCUUUGAAGCUCAGAGAUCGGGAUUCUUGCCACGUAACCAACGAGUUAAUUGGCGUUCCCAUUCCGGCCUUCAAGAUGGAAAAGCCAGUGGAGUGGAUUUGGUGGGAGGAUAUUACGAUGCUGGUGAUAAUGUGAAAUUUGGAUUGCCUAUGGCUUUUACGGUGACGAUGAUGAGUUGGAGUAUUUUAGAAUAUAGAGCUCAAUUGGCGGCUAGUGGGGAGCUUGGACAUGCCAUGGAUGCUGUUAAAUGGGGGACUGAUUAUUUCAUUAAAGCUCAUACUGAACCCAAUGUUCUGUACGGCGAGGUGGGAGAUGGGAAUACUGAUCAUUACUGCUGGCAGCGGCCGGAAGAUAUGACUACCGACCGCCGUGCUUACCGGAUUGAUCCGAGUAAUCCCGGUUCGGAUCUCGCCGGAGAAACUGCUGCCGCCAUGGCUGCUGCUUCUCUUGUCUUCCGCCGUUCUAAUCCUGCUUAUGCUAACACCCUCCUCAACCACGCCUAUCAGCUGUUCGAUUUUGCGGACAAAUACAGGGGCAAAUAUGACAGUAGCAUUACCGUAGCUCAGAAGUACUACCGAUCUGUCAGUGGAUACAAUGACGAGUUGCUAUGGGCAGCGGCAUGGCUAUACCAAGCAAGCAACAACCAAUACUACCUCAAAUACCUUGCUGACAACGGCGAUUCCAUGGGCGGCACCGGCUGGAGCAUGACGGAAUUCAGUUGGGACGUCAAAUACGCCGGUGUUCAAACUCUAGUUGCCAAGUUCCUGAUGCAGGGCAAGGCCGGCGCCUACGCUCCAGUUUUCCGGCGAUACCAGGAGAAGGCCGAAGCCUUCCUUUGUGCGUGCUUGAGAAAAGGGUAUAAAAACGUUCAGGUUACUCCUGGCGGCCUCAUUUACCGACAGAGAUGGAACAAUAUGCAAUUUGUUACCACUGCCUCCUUCGUCGCCGCCGUUUACUCCGAUUACUUGACCUCCUCCCGCAGCUCCAUGAAGUGCCCCGCUGGUUACGUUCAACCUUCUGAGUUACUCACCUUCGCUAAAUCUCAGGUGGAUUACAUUCUUGGCGACAAUCCAAGAGCUACAAGCUAUAUGGUGGGAUACGGGAACAAUUUCCCCCGCCGUGUCCACCACCGUGGCUCCUCCAUCGUUUCCUACAAACGCGACUCCAAAUUCAUCGCCUGCCGUGAAGGCUACGCCACAUGGUUUAGUAAGAAAACCAGUGAUCCCAACACCCUCGUCGGAGCUCUCGUCGGCGGUCCCGACGCCUACGACAACUUCGCGGAUCAAAGAGACAACUACGAACAAACAGAGCCCGCCACUUACAACAACGCCCCUCUUUUAGGCCUCUUAGCUAGAUUCCACGGCGGGCAUUCCGGCUACAACCAGCUUCUCCCAGUAGUACUUCCACCGCCGACCAAACAAAACCCAAUUACCAAAAAACCUUCCCCUCCCUCUUCUUCUUCCUCCUCAUCCUCCUCCCCUGUCGUAAUUGUGCAGAGAGUUACAAGUUCAUGGAAGGCGAAAGGCAGAGUUUAUUACAGAUAUUCCUCUGUUAUUACAAACAAAUCGUCAAAAACAGUGAGGAAUCUUCAACUUUCGAUCUCUAAGCUCUAUGGGCCUUUAUGGGGACUAACAAAAUCAGGGAAUUUGUACACCUUCCCUAAAUGGGUGGGUUCGUUGGCACCAGAAAAAAGUAUGGAGUUCGUGUACAUUCACUCUGCUUCACAGGCAAAUGUCUCUGUUCUAAGGUAUAACUUGGGGUACUGAAGAGAUUGAUAAAUAAUUCUUUUCGGGUGUGAUUUGAUGAUGAUAACUGUGCAGAAUUGAAGAAUGGGGUUUGGAAUAAGUAAGGAAUUGGAGGAAGAAAGGAGUGAAGAGAUGAAGAAUUUUUUUUCUCUUUUUUGCUCAUCCUCUUUCUCUCCUCUGUUUUUGGGUUUGGGAAUUGUUGAAAGGAAACAGAGAUAGAGAGGUUUGUCUUCCUUUCUUGAAGGGUAAUGGUUCACAAAAGGAACAAGAUUGGUUAAUUAUUGUUACUUUGUUUCAUGUAACUCAAACGAAGAAAAAAAAAGAGUAUAUUUUAUUUUCUUUGUAAUUGGAUUGACAAUUUUUUUUGCUGUUUACUUGUUGUAAUCUUUGCAACAUAAUGUCAUCUCACCUUAUAAAUUAAGCUUUGCAAAAUAUUUUUCCUUAA